AUGGGCCAGCUGGUGCAGCUGGUCGGAGGACUUGCUGCACGUAUAGAGGAGAAGUCCGGCGGUGCCACGGAGGGCGCCGCUGAAAGCGGCGGCGCCGUGGAGAGCGUCGCCACAAGCACUGCAGGGCUAGACCUAGACGUGUUCGUCGAUUCUAGUUACGCCGACAGCACCGUUGACAGGCGUUCGACGACGGGGCUAGCCGUGACUGUAGGUGGGACCGUAGUGUGCGCAUCCACGAAGACACAGCCAGUGACGGCUCAGUCGACCACGGAGGCAGAGUAUAUUGCAGCCGGGGAGGGCGUGAAGGAAGCGUUGUUCGUGCGUGGUGUUCUGUCGUUCAUUGCGCCCGAGACGAGCGGUGCCACGAUCAGGGUCCGUGAGGACAACGAGGGGGCUCUCGCGUUGGUGCAGAACCCUUUCAGCUCGGCGAGGAGCAAGCAUAUCGACGUGCGGUUCCACUUCAUCCGCGAGCUCUUCAAGGCGGGCAAGAUCACCGCAGAUUAUGUCUCGACAGAAGAGCAGCACGCCGAUAUGCUGACCAAGGUCCUUGGUAGGGGCAAGUUGGAGUACCACCGGAAGGCUCUGAUGAACCUGCCGAUGUAG